AUGGCAAGGAACAGUAAAGUGAAGGUUAAUGGUCAGCUGAUCAGGCUGCCAUUCAGCACUCCAUCCAACCGCAUCCAAAUCUUCCACAGCAGCAUUUACAGUGUUAUCAUUCGCACCUCCUUUGGUGUAACUGUGCAGACAGUCUGGCCUCACUUUGUCCGUGUCACUGCUCCUGGUGUCUACAAUGGUUCCCUGGGUGGACUCUGUGGUAACUACAAUGGUCAUCCACAUGAUGACUUCAAUACACCCAAUGGUGUCCUGGUCAACAGUUCUCAGGACUUUGGAGUCAGUUGGCGAGAUGGCUCUCUGGCUGCUCACUGCGUGGAAAGCAUGAACCAAAAUUCUACAGCUAAUUACAAUUCUAGUGAGUACUGUGGCAUUCUCAGCUCACCAGAUGGGCCAUUUGUACCCUGUUGGUCUGUGGUUGACCCAAAGCAGCAGGUGGAUGUAUGUGUGGAGAUCAUGAGGGGCUCUAACAAUCCAGCAUCAACUCUGUGUGGCGUCCUACGAGAUUAUGCACUAAUGUGUCAACAGAAGGGUGUUGCCUUAGGACAAUGGAGAAAUGCAACUGGCUGUGCACUAACCUGCCCGUCAAACAGCCAUUAUGAACUCUGUGGAACCUCUUGUCCUUCUGCUUGCCCCAGCCUCUCUUUCCCCUUCACCUGUGAUACUGUGUGCCAGGAGGGCUGUCAGUGUAACAGUGGUUUUAUCCUCAAUGGUGACCAGUGCGUUCCACCAACAUCUUGUGGAUGCUAUCAUCAAGGACGCUAUCACCAAGGUGGUGAGCAGUUCUGGGAUGGUGAAGAAUGUCAGAGCUUGUGUACCUGUAAUGGAAAUACAGGGAACGUCCACUGUACUCCCACCUCCUGUGGGCCCCAGGAGUCCUGCCGUGUGGUGGAGGGUGAGUUUGGCUGCCAUCCCAACCCUCAUGGCACCUGCUCUGCCUCUGGAGACCCUCACUACAUCACCUUUGAUCGCAAGGCCUAUGACUUCCAAGGAACCUGUCGCUAUGUUCUGGUGACCCUCUGUAAUGCCACUGAUGAGCUCAAUCAGUUUUCCGUGGAAGCUAAGAAUGAGGCAUUGAAUGGGCGUCCACUUUCAAUAGUAGCUGAAGUUUUUGUGAAUGUCUGGGGCUACGACGUGCAUAUGUCAAGGGACAGAAGAGGUUUGGUACAAUGUACCAAUGAACAGCCUGCUAGAGAUCAGUGUGAGGUGAUACAGGCAUCUGAUGGGCCCUUCAGUUUCUGCCACGAGGAGGUGGACCCGGCACCAUAUUUCAACGACUGCGUGUUUGAUGUAUGUUUGUCAGGAAAUCAAGGCCACGAUCUCUUGUGCAGUGCCACUGAAUCAUAUGUCAGUGCCUGUCAGUCUGCUAAUGUUCGUAUCUAUCCCUGGAGAGAGAACACCACCUGCACAUUGGACUGUCCCACCAACAGCCAUUAUGAGCUGUGCGGUACUGACUGUGGCCACACCUGUGCCAGUAGCAUUGAUGAAACCUGUGAGCAGUUCUGCUCUGAGGGAUGUUUCUGUGAUGAAGGCUUCAUCAAGAGUGGGACCAGGUGUGUCCCAGUGGAAAGCUGUGGCUGCCAAUAUGAUGGAUUCUACUAUGAUGCUGGCGAGUCCUUCUGGACAGACGGUUGCUCCCAGAGAUGUGAAUGUCACGCUCCAAAUGACCUGCGAUGUUCUGCCUCGUCUUGCACUCCUGAACAGCAGUGCUCCAUCAGAGACGGCCAGCUGGGCUGUUACGAUGCUAUGUCCACCUGCAACGGCAUAAGGGACAUUUCCUUUUAUUCUUUUUAAGGUGAAUUAGUGCAGCUGGGUGCUUCAUUCUGGAGUGACAGGACCUGUGCACAGAAGUGCACAUGUACCUCAACAGGCCUGCAGUGCCGCAAUGAGCCGUGCUCCUUUUCACAGAUCUGCAAGCCAGCUUCCUUCCAGUUCUCCUGUCAGACAGUGCCAAGAGGAACCUGCACCAUAAGCGGUGAUCCCCAUUACUACACCUUUGAUAACACAGUGUUUCACUUUCAAGGCACUUGCACGUAUGUUCUCUCUGAGCAAUGUAAUAGUGGACGGCCCUACUACAGAGUAGAAGGCAAAAAUGAGCACAGAGGCAGUACUCGAGUCUCUUGGACACGACUGGUGAAAGUGCAUGUCUACAAUGACACAAUUGAACUUGUCAAAGGACGCCGUGGUCAGGCAAAGGUUAACGGGAACUUUGCAUCCACUCCAUUCUUCCUUAGCAAUGGCACCGUGCAGGUUUAUGAGUCAGGUUUUUCUGUCUUUGUCAGCACUGACUUUGGUUUAGUGGUGUCUUAUGACACAAAUCAUUAUGUUCAGAUCAGCUUGCCCUACACUUACCAGAAUGGUACAUGCGGUCUUUGUGGAAACUUCAAUGGCAUUAGUAGAGAUGACUUUCAAACUCGUGACGGUGAGGUUGUGAGCUCUGAUGUGGUUUUUGCUAACAGCUGGCAAGCAUCUGGGGAUGAUGAGCCUGGCUGUGGGCCACAGUGCGGAGGUCUGGACUGUGCUGUUUGCACUGUAGCUCAGAAAGCACUGUACAGCAACACUGACCACUGUGGUAUCCUCAGCAGUAGUUCUGGACCUUUCACGGCUUGCCAUCAGCAACUUCCUCCACAGUCCUUUGUGGACAGUUGUGUGUAUGAUCUGUGUGUAGGAGGAGGGUACCAACCUAUUCUCUGUCAAGCCUUAACUGUGUACGCAAGUCAAUGUCAACAAAAUGGUAUUCAGCUACCAAGUUGGAGGAGACCUGGCUUUUGUGAAAUCCCAUGUCCAGCCAACAGCCACUUUGAGUCUGAAGGCACAGGAUGUCCACCUACCUGUGUUAAUCCCAACUCUACCCAUAACUGCCCUCUACCUCUCCAGGAAAGCUGCAUCUGUGAUUCAGGCUACAUCCUCAGUGGUGGGGUCUGCGUCCCUCAUGCUGAGUGUGGCUGCAGGUUUGAGGGCCGUUACUACCGCUCUGGACAAACUGUAAUACUAGACGAAGACUGUGGGAGACGUUGUAGCUGCAGUUAUGGCUCCAUGACUUGCCGCUCGCAUGGUUGUGGCCCACUUGAAUCAUGCAGGGUGGAGGAUGGAGAAAGAGGAUGCAGACCAAAUAGCUAUGCAACAUGCUGGAUCAGAGGCCCAGGGUCAUAUCAGACAUUUGAUGGACUGACAUACCAAUAUCCUGGGGCGUGUCGAUUGACACUUGCCAAAGUUAUGGGACUGUCCAGUCACCCACACUUCAUGGUGACAGGAGAAAAAUUGCCAAGAGGCCAGCAAGGUUUUGCACGAAUUCUGCAUUUUGAAGCAGAGGGGAUACACAUAUCUAUUGAGAUGGCAAGGAACAGUAAAGUGAAGGUUAAUGGUCAGCUGAUCAGGCUGCCAUUCAGCACUCCAUCCAACCGCAUCCAGAUCUUCCACAGCAGCAUUUACAAUGUUAUCAUUCGCACCUCCUUUGGUGUAACUGUGCAGACAGUCUGGCCUCACUUUGUCCGUGUCACUGCUCCUGGUGUCUACAAUGGUUCCCUGGGUGGACUCUGUGGUAACUACAAUGGUCAUCCACAUGAUGACUUCAAUACACCCAAUGGUGUCCUGGUCAACAGUUCUCAGGACUUUGGAGACAGUUGGCGAGAUGGCUCUCUGGCUGCUCACUGUGUGGAAAGCAUGAACCAAAAUUCUACAGCUAAUUACAAUUCUAGUGAGUACUGUGGCAUUCUCAGCUCACCAGAUGGGCCAUUUGUACCCUGUUGGUCUGUGGUUGACCCAAGGCAGCAGGUGGAUGUAUGUGUGGAGAUCAUGAGGGGCUCUAACAAUCCAGCAUCAACUCUGUGUGGCGUCCUACGAGAUUAUGCACUAAUGUGUCAACAGAAGGGUGUUGCCUUAGGACAAUGGAGAAAUGCAACUGGCUGUGCACUAACCUGCCCGUCAAACAGCCAUUAUGAACUCUGUGGAACCUCUUGUCCUUCUGCUUGCCCCAGCCUCUCUUUGCCCUUCACCUGUGAUACUGUGUGCCAGGAGGGCUGUCAGUGUAACAGUGGUUUUAUCCUCAAUGGUGACCAGUGCGUUCCACCAACAUCUUGUGGAUGCUAUCAUCAAGGACGCUAUCACCAAGGUGGUGAGCAGUUCUGGGAUGGUGAAGAAUGUCAGAGCUUGUGUAGCUGUAAUGGAAAUACAGGGAACGUCCACUGUACUCCCACCUCCUGUGGGCCCCAGGAGUCCUGCCGUGUGGUGGAGGGUGAGUUUGGCUGCCAUCCCAACCCUCAUGGCACCUGCUCUGCCUCUGGAGACCCUCACUACAUCACCUUUGAUCGCAAGGCCUAUGACUUCCAAGGAACCUGUCGCUAUGUUCUGGUGACCCUCUGUAAUGCCACUGAUGAGCUCAAUCAGUUUUCCGUGGAAGCUAAGAAUGAGGCAUUGAAUGGGCGUCCACUUUCAAUAGUAGCUGAAGUUUUUGUGAACGUGUGGGGCUACGACGUGCAUAUGUCAAGGGACAGAAGAGGUUUGGUACAAGUGAAUGGAGUAACUAGAAAUUUACCUAUUAUCUUGAAUGAAGGUAAUGUGUCUAUCUAUGCAACAGGAUCUCGUAUACUUGUCAGCACUAAUUUUGGCUUGAGUGUUACCUAUAAUGGAUAUAGUGCAGUGUUUAUCUCCGUACCACCAAAUUACAGAGAAAAAAUAUGCGGACUUUGUGGAAAUUUCAAUGGAAAUCCAAAUGAUGACUUUCACACACCAUCUGGAACGAUAGUCACAUCUCCAGAUGAGUUUGGGAGAGCCUGGAAGGUGCCAGGCAACUACACGUGCAAUGACGGCUGUGGCUCCUCCUGUCCACAGUGUACCAAUGAACAGCCUGCUAGAGAUCAGUGUGAGGUGAUACAGGCAUCUGAUGGGCCCUUCAGUUUCUGCCACGAGGAGGUGGACCCGGCACCAUAUUUCAGCGACUGCGUGUUUGAUGUAUGUUUGUCAGGAAAUCAAGGCCACGAUCUCUUGUGCAGUGCCACUGAAUCAUAUGUCAGUGCAUGUCAGUCUGCUAAUGUUCGUAUCUAUCCCUGGAGAGAGAACACCACCUGCACACUGGACUGUCCCACCAACAGCCAUUAUGAGCUGUGCGGUACUGACUGUGGCCACACCUGUGCCAGUAGCAUUGAUGAAACCUGUGAGCAGUUCUGCUCUGAGGGAUGUUUCUGUGAUGAAGGCUUCAUCAAGAGUGGGACCAGGUGUGUCCCAGUGGAAAGCUGUGGCUGCCAAUAUGUUGGAUUCUACUAUGAUGCUGGUGAGUCCUUCUGGACAGACGGUUGCUCCCAGAGAUGUGAAUGUUAUGCUCCAAAUGACCUGCGAUGUUCUGCCUCGUCUUGCACUCCUGAACAGCAGUGCUCCAUCAGAGACGGCCAGCUGGGCUGUUAUGAUGCCAUGUCCACCUGCACUGUGUGGGGGGAUCCACACUACAUCACCUUUGAUGGAGCAGUGGCUCAUUUCCAGGGAACUUGCUCCUACAUCAUCGCUGAGAGCACGAACCAUGGCACCAAUGAAACCCAGUUUCAGGUGAUAGCCACCAACAAUCACCGUGGAAACAACCGUGUGUCAUUUGUGUCUGCAGUGGACAUAUACCUCUUAAAUCAUCCAGAAAGUGUGCACAUCAGGAUCGGACCCAAUAAAAGAGUAACGGUAAAUGGAAAUGAUGUGUCUCUUCCCACCACAGUGGGAAUCUUAGCUCAGGUGGUAAGGCAGGGAAGCUACAUAGUGGUUGAUGCCUCUGACUUGCUAGUCCAGUUUGAUGGUCAGAGCACUUUACUGGUCAGACUGGGCCAAAACCGUCAUGACAGAGUCACAGGGAUGUGUGGAAACUCUAACAAUGAUCCUUCAGAUGACAAAGUCUUACCCAAUGGCACACUGGCACAAAACGAUAAUUAUUUUGGACACAGCUGGAAGUCACCCACCAGCCAACCAGGAUGUGGCUCCACUGAUGAAGAUGAUGAUGGACUGAAUGACUGUACCUUUAGAGAAAAAUACUCCCAACUCUGCAGUGUCAUCACCAACACCACCGGCCCAUUCAGAGCCUGUCACCUGCACUCUGACCCCCAGCCAUUUUUCUCUUCCUGUGUCUACGACCUCUGCCUCUACACUCCAGCCAAUGGCAUGCUGUGUUCUGUUGUCUCUGCCUAUGAGAAAACCUGCUCUGUUCUGGGGCUAGACAUCCCUGACUGGCGCUUUGCUUUGCAUUGUGAUGAGUCAGACCCCUGUGAAAAGCUGGACUGCACAGAGCACGAGUGGUGUGGUGAGAAGGACGGUGUCUAUGGCUGCUUCUGUAAUGAGCACCACCAUCGGCCAAACAAUGAGAGCUACGACUCGUCCAUCACUUGUGUCAGUAGUUCUGGCACCAUAUCUCUGUCCCGCUGUCAGCUGUUUGAGGCCGGCUUCCACUCUGAUGCCCUCCAUCUUCGAGAUGAAACCUGCAAUGGGACUCUUGAGGAUGGUCGACUGGUUUUCCACUUCAACAAUGAUGACCAGCUUUGUGGGACAAUGCUGAGGAGCAACGGGACCCAUUUCAGUUAUGAGAACACCAUCAGUGGGGAUGUGGACCCUCAUGAUGGCCUCGUAAAUUGUGAGAAGAGCAUCCGCCUGCACUUCUCCUGUGACUAUGCUCUGACCCAGGCACUGUCUAUGGAUGUUGGCAUCAAACCUGUAGAGAGCAUUGUGAACAAGAGACUUCCAUCUGGUCUGGGCCAUUAUCAUUUGAGGAUAAUACCCUACCGGGACCCUGGCUUCCACUUCCCUUUGACCAGAAACAGAAAUUUAGAAAUGGAAAUAGAUGAGAGGUUAUACAUUGAGGUUCAGACGCAGGGAAUCGAUGAGCGGCAGAUCUCCACUAUCCUGGACUCUUGCUGGGCAACGCCUGUUAAUGAUGCCAGCUACCCUGUGCGCAGGGAUCUGAUCACCACACAGUGUCCUAAUCCAGCAGAUGGCACAGUAGAGCUGCUUCAGAAUGGCGUCUCCACCGUAGCCCGUUUCUCAUUCAGGAUGUUCACCUUUACCAACUUUUCAUCUAUUUACCUGCACUGCCAGGUCCACCUGUGUCUUUUGAGACACAAUUACUGCACAGCUCAUUGCUACCCAGGUUACCAUGCUAGAGUGGCGAGGGAUAUUUCCUACCAUGACAGUGAAAGCAUCUCAUUGGGACCGCUUGUAUUGAACACAGAAAGAAGAAUGAAAGCAAGCAGCUCUCCAGGCCUCUUGACAUCUCUGGUGACCCUGAUAGAUCGUCUGCAGUACGGGGGCACGCAGGGAACUGUUGUGGCUCGGUUCCUCUUCACCAUCUACACUGCAGACUUCUCCCACAACUCCACCCAGUGCUUCCUGCAGAAGUUCUCUGGUGACUCUGCAAUAGUCGGCCUCAUCACUGAUGGGGACAACAGGGAGUACCGAGAACUGACCCAUGACUUUGCGGACUGGUGCCAGCAGAACUACCUGCAGAUCAACACUAGUAAAACCAAGGAGCUGGUGGUAGACUUCCGCAGACACAAACAUCCUUCACUGCAACCUCUAAACAGUCAAGUUAUGGACAGGUAUGGAGGCUGUGGUAUGGAGUGCUCCAUCAGAGACGGCCAGCUGGGCUGUUAUGAUGCAAUGUCCACCUGCAUUGUGUGGGGGGAUCCACACUACAUCACCUUUGAUGGAGCAGUGGCUCAUUUCCAGGGAACUUGCUCCUACAUCAUCGCUGAGAGCACGAACCAUGGCACCAAUGAAACACAGUUUCAGGUGAUAGCCGCCAACAAUCACCGUGGAAACAACCGUGUGUCAUUUGUGUCUGCAGUGGACAUAUACCUCUCAAAUCAUCCAGAAAGUGUGUACAUCAGGAUCGGACCCAAUAAAAGAGUAACGAGCAACGGAACACAUUUCAUGUAUGAGAACACCGUCCAGGGUAAUGUGGAUCCUAAUAAAGGUCUAAUCAGCCACCAGAGGAGCAUCGAUCUGCGUUUCAGCUGUGAAUACCCCCUGAAUCUGGCCCUGUCUAUGGCUGUGGGCAUCAACUCUGUAGAAAGGUGUCCCAAUGAAGCAGAUGGAACGGUAGAGCUGAUUCAGAACGGCAUCUCCACUGAGCCCCGAUUCUCCUUCAGGAUGUUCACUUUUACCAACUAUUCAUCCAUUUACCUUCACUGA